CCCAAACGAACAAGUAUUGAACUAAGUAAUCAAGAUAAUAAAGACCUGACGAAUCCUGAUUUUCAAACCUAUACCCCAUUAUCAGAUAUUCAAACCAACUCUGUUACUCAAACCUGUUCUGGUAUUUAUGGUCCUGAAAACCCUCACCUUAACGCAAUCAAAAAAAAAUCCGACACUUUGGGUAAUCAACUCUUGUAA